AUGAGUAACAAAGACGCCGCCGCGUGCGUGCGUGUGAUCGAUGUCCGCGACGACGGCGGCGAUGUGUCACCCGACCCGUACGGGUGGAACGGGACGGCAUCCGGCAGACGCGACGACGUUAAUCCGCCGUGUUGUUUGGACACGGGCGGAAUGCGACCGGACCGAGGCGCGUCACCUGUCCGCGGCGACGGUUACGACGACGACUGCGCAGCGCACAACGUCAUUGUAGCGUCGUUAUUGUCAUAA